AUGGCCAAUGAGAAUCACGGCAGCCCCCGGGAGGCAUCCUUGUUGAGUCACUCCCCAGGCACCUCCAAUCAGAGCCAGCCCUGUUCUCCAAAGCCCAUCCGCCUGGUUCAGGACCUCCCAGAGGAGCUGGUGCACGCCGGUUGGGAGAAGUGCUGGAGCAGAAGGGAGAACCGUCCCUACUACUUCAACCGGUUCACCAACCAGUCCCUGUGGGAGAUGCCCGUGCUGGGCCAGCACGAUGUGAUUUCGGACCCUUUGGGGCUGAAUGCGACCCCCCUGCCCCAAGACUCAAGCUUGGUGGAAACCCCCCCGGCUGAGAACAAGCCCCGAAAGCGGCAGCUCUCGGAAGAGCAGCCCAGCGGCAAUGGCGUGAAGAAGCCCAAGAUUGAAAUCCCCAUGACACCCACGGGCCCGUCAGUGCCCAGCUCUCCCAGCGUCCCAGGAACCCCAACCCUGAAGAUUUGGGGGACAUCCCCUGAAGACAAACAGCAGGCAGCUCUCCUCCGACCCACUGAGGUGUACUGGGAUCUCGACAUUCAGACCAACGCUGUCAUCAAGCACCGGGGGCCAUCAGAGGUGCUGCCUCCGCAUCCCGAGGUGGAGCUGCUCCGUUCCCAGCUCAUCCUGAAGCUUCGGCAGCACUACCGGGAGCUGUGCCAGCAGCGAGAGGGCAUCGAGCCCCCCCGGGAAUCCUUCAACCGCUGGAUGUUGGAGCGCAAGGUCGUGGACAAAGGCUCUGAUCCCCUGUUGCCGAGCAACUGCGAACCGGUCGUGUCACCUUCCAUGUUUCGCGAAAUCAUGAAUGACAUUCCCAUCAGGUUAUCCCGAAUCAAGUUCCGGGAGGAAGCCAAGCGUCUGCUCUUCAAAUACGCAGAGGCUGCCAGGCGGCUCAUCGAGUCCAGGAGUGCAUCUCCCGACAGCAGGAAGGUGGUCAAGUGGAACGUGGAGGAUACCUUCAGCUGGCUGCGGAAGGACCACUCCGCCUCCAAGGAGGACUAUAUGGAUCGCCUGGAGCAUCUACGGAGGCAGUGUGGCCCCCACGUCUCGGCCGCAGCCAAGGACUCCGUGGAAGGUAUCUGCAGUAAGAUCUACCACAUCUCUCUGGAGUACGUCAAACGGAUCCGAGAGAAGCACCUUGCCAUUCUCAAGGAAAACAACAUCCCAGAGGAGGUGGAGGCCCCCGAGGUGGAGCCCCGCCUGGUGUACUGCUACCCGGUACGGCUGGCCGUGUCUGCACCUCCCAUGCCCAGCGUGGAAAUGCACGUGGAGAAUAACGUGGUCUGCAUCCGGUAUAAGGGCGAGAUGGUCAAGGUCAGCCGCAACUACUUCAGCAAGCUGUGGCUCCUUUACCGCUACAGCUGCAUCGACGAUUCUGCCUUUGAGAGGUUCCUGCCCCGAGUCUGGUGUCUUCUCCGCCGGUACCAGAUGAUGUUCGGCGUGGGCCUCUACGAGGGGACAGGCCUGCAGGGGUCGCUGCCCGUGCACGUCUUCGAGGCCCUCCACCGACUUUUCGGUGUCAGCUUCGAGUGCUUCGCCUCACCCCUCAACUGCUACUUUCGCCAGUAUUGCUCCGCCUUCCCCGACACGGACGGCUACUUUGGCUCCCGCGGGCCCUGCCUGGACUUCUCCCCGCUGAGUGGUUCCUUCGAGGCCAACCCUCCGUUCUGCGAGGAGCUCAUGGACGCCAUGGUCUCUCACUUCGAGAAACUGCUCGAGAGCUCGCCAGAGCCCCUGUCCUUCAUCGUGUUCAUCCCCGAGUGGCGGGAACCGCCGACCCCAGCGCUCACCCGCAUGGAGCAGAGCCGCUUCAAGCGCCACCAGCUGGUCCUGCCCGCCUUCGAGCACGAGUACCGCAGCGGCUCCCAGCACGUCUGCAAGAAGGAGGAAAUGCACUACAAGGCCGUCCACAGCACGGCCGUGCUCUUCCUACAGAACGACCCUGGAUUUGCCAAGUGGGGGCCAACGCCCGAGCGGCUGCAGGAGUUGAGUGCCGCCUACCGGCAGUCGGGCCGCAGCCAUGGCUCUGUCGGCUCCUCGUCGUCCUCCUCGGAGGCCAAGGACCGGGACUCAGGCCGCGAGCAGGGCCCCAGCCGGGAGCCUCACUCCACUUAA